GAACUUCUCAGAUAGCGGGUAGCAGUUUGAUGGAAAUUAUUGAUGGCUAUUAACAGGGUGUCAAAAGCAUACAAAAUGUGCUUUUCGUGUAGUUUCUGCUCCGGACGGAGUCCAUACUAUAUAUCUGUGAGAGAGCAAAGCAAGACAUCAGAUUAUACGAAUUGUGUUAUUCCUUCACCUGAAAACAGGAAAACAGAUUUUAUAUCUCAAACCUUUUUCGAACAGCUCUCGAGAGUUUUGUUCCCCUGAAAAUAUUUCUGUUUAGUCAGCAAAGAUUUUUUGACAGUAUAAUAUGGCCAAUUCGCCAUUACCUACAGCAGAAUAUUUGCGCGAAGCUCUCAGGAAGACCUGCAAUUGUAAUCCUGAUGUUUCCGACAGUCUAGUAUAUUAUUGUGAACGUGCUGAUGUCACGGACGCUGCUGAAUAUCUUCAUAAUAUUAUUCAAGGUGAUGGAGAGCAUGUCAUUGAUGAAUAUGUUCGCAGACGAUCUCUUGGAAAGCAGACUAACAAAGAUGAUUCUCCAGGCGAACCUAUGCAAAUCUAUAAGAAACCUGAAGUAUCUUUGAGUACACCAAAACCUAUGCAAACCUACAAGAAACCUGAAGUUUUUUCAAGUAAACCAGUUGCUGGUAAAACUAGAAAAAAGUUAACACCAGGCACACAAUCUUUAAAAAAUGCUAGUUUUGUAUCAAAAGAUAAUCAGCAUGGUGUUAGUGGAAAGGAGCAUACUGAUGAAAGAGUUGCUAAAAUAAUUAAUCCUACACACUUAAGGCAGCGUGAGAAAUGCGACUGUCAAGCUAGGGAGCACAAGUUGGUGAACAAUUGCCUUGAAUGUGGUAGGAUUGUUUGUGAAAAGGAAGGUGAAGGCCGCUGUAUGUUUUGUGGGAGAAGUGAAAUUUGGCACCAUAGUAGCCCAUCAAGACAUUUGAGAGGUCCUGCAGAAGAAGCUGAAGACAGAGCAAUUAUACUGAAGAAUAAACUUCUGGAACAGGAUCGCCAGGGAAAUCUGCAAACAACCAUUAUUGAUGAUCAAAGUGAUUUGUUUAAUAUUGAAGAGAACACUUGGAUGAGCCCUGAGGAAAGGCUGGAAAGGAAGAAACAGCAGAUAAUUCUUGAUGAAGCUGAAAGUGUGAGGAGAAAUAGAACAGUUUUUAGGCUGGGUGCUGAUGUUGGAGAGGUUGAUUUUACCACUGAAGAUGCUAUCCAGCAAAGUGACUCAGGUCUCCAUUCUGCGAAAAAAGAAGCUGUUCAAAUCAUUGGCUUAAGGGAAGAUCCAAAUAGGCAGCAAUCCUCAGAUACCCAUUCUGCAAAUAAAAGAAUUGUCCAAACUUCCCGCAUAAAGGCAAACCCAAGUAUUCAGGAAAUCCCAGUUUAUGUUUCCACUGAGAAGCCUGCAAAACACAAUGGUCGUAUGGAGGAUAGAAGAAUGCCAGAAAGCAUGAAGGUCAGAAGUGGAAGGGUACAGCAUGAUGAUCCAUUAUUUCGUGUCCCUAGCCUUCCCCUUCGGAAAGGAAGAGAUGUUUUUGAUAUCUGCUUACCCAAUAAUGAUGCAGCAAGUCAGGGAGAAGGGCUUACUGAACUAUCCCUUUCCUUAUAUGCCCAAACUAAAGUAAAGAAGCAGAAUAGUGAAAAUUGUAAAGGGCCCCAGAUUUUGAGGCCAGGCAUGGUGUUGUUGAAGAAAUGGCUCAAUGAAAAUGAUCAGAUUGAAAUAGUUAAAAUAUGUCAACAACUUGGUGUUGACAAGGGAGGAUUCUAUCAACCUGCUUAUGAAGAAGGAAGCAAAAUGCAUUUGUGGAUGAUGUGCCUCGGUAAGAACUGGGACCCAGAAUCCAGAUCUUAUGAAGAUGUGCGUUCCUAUGAUAAUGAAAAACCACCAUCUCUUCCUUCGGAUUUUAUACCCUUGGUUCGGAAAGCUAUUCGGUCUGCUCAUGAUGAAAUAAAAAAUCACAGCAAAUUAAAAGAGGAGGAUGUACAAAAUGUAUUGCCAUUCAUGAAACCUGAUGUGUGCAUAGUAAAUUUCUACAAAGAAAGUGGAAGAUUAGGGCUACAUCAGGACAAGGAUGAAAGUAGCAGCAGCCUCCAGAAAGGGCUACCCGUAGUAUCAUUUUCUGUUGGUGAUGCGGCAGAGUUUCUUUAUGGAACAGAAAGAGACCCAGAGAAGGCUGAAAAGAUUAUAUUGGAAUCUGGAGAUGUUUUAAUCUUUGGGGGUGAAUCUCGACAUGUUUUCCAUGGCAUAUCUGUUGUGAAGCCUAACACCUUUCCUAAAUCCCUUUUACAAAAGACAAGGUUGUGCCGAGGAAGACUAAACUUGACUUUCAGGCAAAUCUAAUUGUUUUGCGAAUUUCCAGGCAUCUUUCAGAUGGAAGUUGCUAUGAAAAUUUUGUAUUGUACUGCCUAGCCUGUAUAGAAUGUACCUUUUAAAAAAUUUGAGAGAUAUUUGAAUUGUAAUAUGAUGCUGGGUAUAAUUUGAUAGCUUUACUGUGGGAUUUUCAUCC